CUCGCGUCCCGCUGCGAGCCGAGGGUCCCGCGUGCGGUGGUCCGCCCGUGUGCCCGUGUGCCCGUGUGUCCGUGUGCCCCUGUGCCCGCGCCGCUGCCGCCGCCGCUCGACGUGGGAGACGCCGGCGAGGCGAGAUCCCAGCUGCCCAGCUCUGCCCCAGGAGCCAAAGCCUCCCGUGCCCACUCCAGGCGUUGAGUCAUGAGCUGCGUCCUGAGCAGCGUCCUCCCCCUGGGGCUGCUGCUGCUGGUCCUCGGAGCCCAGGGCUUUUUCCUGCCCAAUGCCACCCAUCUGGAGAAGCUGCUCAGCAAGUUCCAGCAGGACGCGCCUCGCUCCCGGGCCCGGAGGGCCAUCCCCGCAGCAGACAAGGAGGAGAUCCUUCUGCUGCACAACAAGCUCCGGGGCCAGGUGUAUCCCUCGGCCUCCAACAUGGAGUACAUGACCUGGGAUGAUGAGCUGGAGAAGUCGGCAGCCGCGUGGGCCCACAAGUGCAUCUGGGAGCACGGGCCCACCAGCCUCCUCAUGUCCAUCGGACAGAACCUGGCUGUCCACUGGGGCAGGUACCGCUCCCCGGCAUCCCAUGUGCAGUCCUGGUACGAUGAGGUGAAGGACUACACCUACCCCUACCCACACGAGUGCAACCCCUGGUGUCCGGAGAGGUGUUCCGGGGCCAUGUGCACCCACUACACACAGAUAGUUUGGGCCACCACCAACAAGGUCGGCUGCGCCGUGAACACCUGCCAGAGGAUGAACGUCUGGGGAGACGUUUGGGAGAACGCUGUCUACCUCGUCUGCAAUUACUCUCCAAAGGGGAACUGGAUCGGAGAAGCCCCCUACAAAAACGGCCGGCCCUGCUCGGAGUGCCCACCCAGCUACGGAGGCGGCUGCAGGGACAACCUGUGCUACCGAGAAGAGACAUACGACCAAAAACACGAAACUGAUGAAAUGAACGAGGUGGAAACGGCACCCGUUCCUGACGAAAGCCACGUCUGGGUGCAGCCGAGGGUGGCCAGACCAGUGAAGCCCAAGACGACCCCCGCGGUCAGCUACAUGACCCAAGUCGUCAGGUGUGACACCAAGAUGAAGGACAAGUGCAAAGGGUCCACGUGCAACAGGUAUCAGUGUCCGGCAGGCUGUUUGAACAACAAGGCAAAAAUCUUCGGAACUCUCUUUUAUGAGAGCUCGUCCAGCAUUUGCCGGGCCGCCAUCCACUACGGGGUCAUCGACGACAGAGGGGGGCUGGUCGACGUCACCAGGAACGGCAGGGUGCCCUUCUUCGUGAAGUCCGAGCGGCACGGCGUGGACUCCCUGAGCAAAUACAAAUCUUCCAGCUCAUUCACGGUGUCAGAAGUAAAAGUGCAGGACCUGGAUUGCUACACCACCGUGGCUCAACUCUGUCCAUUUGAAAAGCCGGGGACUCACUGCCCGAGAGUUCACUGCCCAGCGCACUGCAAAGAUGAGCCAGACUACUGGGCUCCCGUGUUUGGAACCAACAUCUACGCAGACACCUCCAGCAUCUGCAGGACGGCCGUGCACGCAGGGGUCGUCGGGGACGAGCGUGGGGGCUACGUGGACGUGAUGCCCGUCGACAAGAAGAAGAGCUACGUGGGCUCGCUCAGGAACGGCGUGCAGUCAGAGAGCUUGCGGACCCCUCGGGAUGGAAAGGCCUUCCGGAUCUUCGCAGUCAGGCAGUAAAUUUCCAAUGCCAAGCGAGAAGGGGGCAUCUUCAGGAGGGCUUCUGGGUUUUGCUUUUUGUUUUUAUUCUGUCAUUUGGGGGGUGGGGGUAGCGAUACAGAGUCGGGAAACUUCCUCUGCACGGUGCUCAACGCCCCACGGGGCUCCCCUCCGUGGCCUCUGAUGAGGCUGACGUCCCAUCUCAUCACUGUGGAGACCAGCGUCCUUGGCACGUUGGCUGGACAGCUGGUGACCAGUCUUGCUGAGGCCUGGGGGUCUCCACCUGGGUGCCCACUCCCCACAGACCGAGACCGCUUCAGGCAUCUGACCCACCUCUUCAUGGGAACAUUUGCUGGAGAAGUUCCUUCCCGGGUGUUGCUUUGUGGGUGGAGAGAGAAGAUUCCAACCCUCCAGAGAACAAGCGGUGGGGUCCUCAACACUGAGGCAGUCAGGGCACGUGGGGAGAGGUCUGUCGAGCAGGUGGCAGAGAGAGUUUCAGGAAUGGAGUGGAAGGUAGUUAUUUAAAAAUUAAAAAUACAGUCCGUCCUACCAGUGGAGAAAAAAAUGGAUUCAGUGUUUGCUGGUCAGACAAACAGGCAGGAACCAGAGGGCUGGAGGGACGGGAGAGCCUCGGACCCCAGCCCGGCACGUGUCCUCGCCAACGUCCUGCCACGCGGGGGGCUAGUUACAUAUACAGCAGUGCUGGUUUAUUUAGAGUUCAGCAGUAACUCCAGAGAUUUAUCUUGUCUGUCUUUCCCUUCGUUCACAUGGCCCCUCUGUUUUCUGCAAUGACCUUUGGUCUCGUUGGGGACCAAUAAACCAGCAUCUUUUCUUUAUUCCCUACCCUUUGUGGCUCAUACUCCCCUCCCCAUCCAACCCCAUUUGUUUAUGUGCUGUAUUCCGCACCCCGGGCUUUGCUUUGCAAGUGAUUCUGUCUAAAACCUACAUUAUCUUAACUCCUAAGUCUUGGUUUGUUCCACAGAGACAUCUGAGAACAGCCAAAAGUAAGGGCUGCUUUCCUGGUUCUUAAAAAUUAAAAUUAAAUGUGCAGAUUCCCCAUCCAUUGGAUGACCUAUUUUUCAGGAGUGGGCAGAAUGGAUUCCUGGGAACAUGCCUCAUGGGGUUAGCAGCUGUGGGAGGAGAAACGGCUUGUGGUUCUGAACGCCUCCGUGGGGAAUGACCGCCGUGGGCUGGGACACCAGAAGGAUCUCUUCCUGUUUUUGUGGAACGGCUCUAGCCAAACGUUCCUCAGCUCUGAGGAGCACGGUGCUCUCUGGCUUCCAUCUCUUUAUAAAGGUUCCUCAGAAACCCAGACCAGAAACCCACAGUGAAAUGAAACACCCUUUUGUAAAUAGCAUUUCUUUGCAGAAGGUAAAAUUCCAUCCUUCCUGCACCAGCCUGGCCAGUAUGUCACUUUUGUGAACACCAGUUUCAAAUUUGAUUUCACUUUCCAUCAGAAUAUUUCUAAGGCAAAGGAACUAGCAGAUUGUACAGAACCAAGAGGAUCUGAACAAGGAACUCUCCUGGGGGAACUAAGGGGUGGGUUUGCACCCUUAAUUAAUGGAGACUCUGAAGGCAUAGAGCCCCCCACACACACACACCCUUUAGGGAGUUUGUAAAAACCCUUAGCUUGGCAGAAGCUAAAUGAGCAGAACUGUGUUUUUCCUUGUUCAUUGUGGGCUUGUAGAAAUUUGUAGGUACUGACUAUUAAAUCCCAAAUGUCAGGGCAAAAGUAUUUGUUCAGUCUGACAGAUAUUGUGUCCAGUUAAUGCCAAACAUCUGAGCAUUUGGAACCUCCUGGAUACAGUGUUGUGCUGCUGGGCUGUGGCUGUGGCUGUGCUGAGACUGAAGGGUAAAUCAGAUCCCCUAGUCGGGUUUCCAGAAUUAGGCAACAGUUCAGGGCAAUUCCGGUGGUUUGCUCCCAGAGCAUCCCGCCGAAGGGAGAGCCUGAAGUUUCCAUUGUGACUUAACCCCAUUGCCCUAAAAGAAAGUUCCCAGGACCCUGGAUGCCUCCUUAACCCAACCUGACCCUCAGAACAACAGUAAAGGAAGUUCUUGCCCAGAAUCAGAUCUCACAGGUGGUUUUAUCUUCACAGACAUUUUGAUACUGGAUCCAUUUUUCUUUUGAUUGCUGGCCCUUAAAAUGGAAACAAGGUGACGAAUUAUAAGCCCCUCUAAUCACGGACCACCUCCAAUUUUGUAUGUGACAGGGUCCAUGACAUCAUCAGCACUUAAACAAUGUUUCAUGGGAAGACGCGUCUAGCUAGGAGUGGGUUACUAGGUCUCCUGCCCCCCAAGGGGAAAGUUCCGGUUUCGGUUUCUUUCAGGUUUUUACCCUGUCCUGUUCUGAUUUUUCAUGUCUGUAGGCUCACUCAGCCCGCAGCUUACGUGUGUGCUUUUUUCUGUGAAAAAUGAUGUAUUUUACUACUUCCUGUGUACAAAAGUUGAUUAUAAAUUUUUUGUGCUUUGUGUGAAUAGGGGCCAUGUCGUUGCUGUCAUUUAAAUAAAACCCAUUUGAUUUCUAAA